AUGAGAGGAAAGGCUAACUAUAUCUCAGUUUACAAUUGUUUCGAACUGGACAGGUAUAGAGACAUACUGCUCUCAAUCCUUGUUUCAAGUUACUUCAAGAUCUUUUUUAUUGCUAUGAUGGUCUGGGAAUUCCCUUCUUCUGUGGUUCUCAUCAUUGAUAUAUUUGUCUUAUCUUCCAAUACACUGGCUUUAAAAGUGAUUUCCGAGUCAGCUACAAUGAGAUGCUUUGGGGUCUGCUUCACUGCACAUGCUCUUAAGUUCCUCGCCAGUCGAUGCUCAACAUUUAUCCUCCCGAAACAAGUGGUCCUUAGAGGUUCAUGA